GAGACAAAGACUGAAGAAAAAAAAACUGUAAGCCACUUGCUCUACAGUGAGGCAGAGAGGCAGAGAGAUAUUGAUCAAGCCCGCCUAGUCCCAAGAGAGACAGAAGCUGUAGCGGAGAAACAACGCCGCUGGAAUGGAGUUGGGUCUUCUGUUGGGGAUGAUUUUCACCUUAGUGGGAAGCUCACCAGUGGUGCCCGACCAAUACAGCAGAGCAGUGGACUGGCUGAGUAGGUAUGGCUACCUUCCUCCUCCUGACCCACGCACAAGCAAACUGCAGACCAAAGAGGGGAUCGAGGAGGCUAUUCGUGUCAUGCAGAGAUUCGGAGGGAUCCAGGAAACUGGGGUGAUCGACAGUGAAACCGUGAAACUCAUGUCCACACCACGCUGCUCCCUCCCUGACAUUGUUGGAAGAAUGGACCUGAGGAGGAGGAGGAGGAGGAAGAGAUACGCUCUGUCAGGCCUUAGGUGGCAUAAGACAGACCUCACAUGGAGUAUCCACAGCUACCCAUCUCCCUCCAUAUCACCCGGCCUCUCCAAAGAUUUGGUGAAUUCCAUCAUGCGUUACGGCUUCAAGGCCUGGAGCGACGUGGCCCCCUUGAAGUUCCAUCAGCUGCCCGGCGACAGCAGCGGUGGGGCCACAGCUGGAGGAGACAUCAGAGUGUCUUUUGCAAGUUUGCUCCAUGACGACGGAUACCCUUUUGACGGGCGGGGUGGCACCCUGGCCCACGCCUUCUUUCCCGGCAGGGAUGAGGUGGCGGGUGACACACACUUUGACGAUCAUGAGAUCUGGAGCUAUGGAGGUGACAGCAGCAGCACAGACUUGUUCACAGUUGCAGUGCACGAGUUCGGCCACGCGCUCGGCCUGUCUCAUUCCUCCUCUGAUCCGUCCAUCAUGAGGCCGUACUACCAGGGUCCAGUGGGAGAUGUUUCCACAUUUAAGCUGCCGAUGGACGACAGGCUGGCCAUCCAGCAGCUUUACGGUGUGAAGGAUGCCGAUCGACCAGGUGUUGUUGAUCCUAACCUGCCCCGUCUGCCCAGCAGACCUCCACCAAAACCAACGCAGCCCUCUGAUCCAUCGUUCCAUGAGCGCUGUCAGGGAGGCUUUGACGCAAUAGCAAACAUCAGAGGAGAGGUCUUCUUUUUUAAAGGUUCACAGUUCUGGAGGACUCAGCGCGACGGGUCUUUAGUGUCCCUGAAUCCGGCUCAGAUCAAAAACUUCUGGAGAGGCCUUCCACCAGGAACAAACAAGAUUGACGCCGUUUAUGAGAGGAAGAGCGACAGUAAAAUCAUCUUCUUUAUUGGAUCUGAGUACUGGGUCUUCAAGGACACAGAGGCCAUGGCUGGAUACCCCCGGCUCCUCUCUGAGUGGGGCAUGAGGAGGAAGAACGGCCAGCUGGUGGACAGGGUGGAUGCAGCCUUCAUCUGGGCCCAUAACGGAAAGACCUACCUGUUCAGCGGAGGGGAGUACUGGAGGUUUGAUGAGAGCCGUAAGGGUGACCAGGCGACCAGGCAGCCCGAUUUGGACUACCCACGAAAGAACAAACUGUGGGAAGGAAUCCCCCUCCACAUGGAUGACGUCAUCAGCUGGGGUGAAGGAGAUGCCUACUUCUUCAAAGACAACUCCUACUGGGUGUUCAUGAAAGGAAGACUGACCCAAGAUGCUGUCACUCCCAAAUCCAUUGGAGAAGACUGGCUCAGAUGUCCAGCUCCUCCUUCAACCUCCACUGCAGCGAGUCCUCGAUUCCCACAGGAAUGCCGCUGCGACCUAAAAGGAUCCUCUCCACCUCUGAGAAGCAGCUGGAUCCUCCUGGUUUCUGCUGCAUUAGUAACCAGUGUGUUUAGUAGAGUUUUGUGUGAAGACUGAGUGGCUGUUUUUGUACUACUGCCCUCAUUCCACUGGAGGGUAACGGAGACUCUUUAUGUCACUCACAGAACAUUACAGCCCACACGCUGGUUUCACGUUACAUAUUAAUGCCAUAAAAAGCCUGCAUUAGACGCCCACAUGAGGCUUAUGUAAAUGUAAAUACUUUAUCUGAUCAGAACUUACUGCUGACCUGUUAAAACAGCAGCCUGUGCAUCCUCUCUCCCUCCUGCUAUAGAAUUUCACACGUUCCUUUUUCUAGAGUAAGUGUUGGAUUACAUGGAGCCUGUGAAGGUGAAUGCAUGGAAAUUUAACACCAUAAUCCAGCACAAGGGCUACUCCCUCAUAAUGAGGUCGUAUGUAACCAGCCUAUGUUUGGAUGGGAAGCAGACAACACAAACAUACCUGACUGCGAUAAUCAAUUGCUUUGCUAAAGCUAAUUUUCUUAGAAUAAAAAUUUCCGCAUGUGUUGAUGUCUGUAUGUACAGUACAGACAGAAAUAUGAUUUUGGUGAAUUAAUCUUGCAGAAACUGCAAUGUUAAAUGGUGAGAGGAACCUUUGCUUUCUUGUUGUUACAUUUUAAAUUUGGAAAACUGGUUUUACAUGCAACAUUUUGUUCUUUUACACUGCAACUGGUUUAAAUGUGAUUUUUUUUUAUUGUAAAUGGGUUAAUGAAGUGAUUGUUUGUCACUAUGAUGCUAAGAUAAAUCAUUUUAUUGUUAAAGUAGCUUUGAUCCAAGUGUUGUCCACGUAUAAAAAUAUUAAACUCUUGCUAUAUGUGUGCAAGAAAUAAACAAAUGGGACCAUUUAUUAGA